CCGUCGCCCCUUGUCCUUCGUCCCUCGCCGGGCUGGGCCGGGCCGCCGCCUGCUCCGGGGACCCCGGGACCCCGGGCUACGGGCUCCAGGCCCGCGACCCCGCGGGAACCGGGGCUCAAGGCCCGAGUCGCGAACCCAGCCAGGCCCGGACCCCCGCCUCCUAGAGACCCCAGACCCCAGGUUUGCGACUCCCGCCUCCCUGAGAGCCUGGGACCCCGGGACCCCGGGCUCUAGAGCGCCCCCCACCCUGGACCCCAGGACUCGGGGCUCCAGGCCGCAGGCCCGCGACCUCCCGAAACCUGGACUCCAGGCCCGCGACUCCGCCCCCGCCCCCAGCCUCCCGAAGAUCUGGGCUGCGAACCCCGCCUCCCCGGGACCCUAGCACCCCGGGCUGCCGACCUGCCGCCUCCCCGGAACCCCGUCUCCUGGACACCUCGGGCCCGUGACCCCGCGGGCGGCCCUCAUCGGCUCCGCGGACGUCCGCUCGGGCCACACGUGGGUUUCGGGCGUCAGGGCGGCGUGCGGGGCGGAGGGGCUCCUCGGGGCGGAGGGCCCCCGCCGUGGAGAUGCCGCCCGGCAAAGUCCUGCAGCCGGUCCUCAAGAUGAAGGUGGACGAGCUGUUCCUGUGCUGGCUCAGCGAGGCCGGCACGCAGGCCAUGCUCCGGGACUGCCUGCGGAGGGUCCAGAUGCCCGCGAGGACCGAGGCGGGCGCUGCGGACGCCGGGCCGCCCGGGCCCCCGCUGGCGGCCGCAGCCCCCGCCUGCAAGCCCGCGCUCUUCGACAGCCUGGGGGCGCCCAGUCCGGCCCCCGCGUCCGCCGCGCUGCCGCUGGGAGCCGCCGCGAGUCCCCGGACCGGGCCUCCCGGGCGAGCGACUCGUCGAUCCGCAGGGACGCGAGUAGUCCAGACGAAGAAGGAGGAGCCCCUGCCACCCGCCUCGAGCCAAAACAUUCCCACGUUCUACUUUCCCAGAGGCCGUCCCAAGGACACGGUGAACAUCGAUGCCAUCAUCACCAAGAUCGAACGGACCUUCGCGCAGUUCCCCCACGAGAGAGCCACAAUGGAGGACAUGGGCCGAGUGGCCAAGGCCUGUGGCUGCCCGCUCUACUGGAAGGGGCCGCUGUUCUGCAGUGCCGGGGGAGAGCGCACGGGAGCCGUCUCUGUCCACAAGUUCAUCGCCAUGUGGAGAAAGGUCCUCCAGAACUGUCACGACGACGCGGCCAAGUUCGUCCACCUGCUCAUGAGUCCCGGCGCGAACUACCUGGUGCAGGAGGACUUCAUCCCCUUCUUACAGGACGUGGUGAACACGCACCCGGGCUUGGCCUUCCUGAAGGAGGCGUCCGAGUUCCACUCUCGCUACAUCACUACCGUGACACAGAGGAUCUUCUACUCCGUCAACAGGUCCUGGUCGGGGAGGAUCACGUGCGCAGAGCUCCGCAGGAGCACCUUCCUGCAGAACGUGGCGCUCUUGGAAGAGGAAGCGGACAUCAAUCAGCUGACAGAGUACUUCUCCUACGAGCACUUCUAUGUCAUUUACUGCAAGUUCUGGGAGCUGGACACGGACCACGACCUUCUCAUCGAUUCCCAGGACCUGGCCCGGCACAAUGACCACGCCAUAUCCACCAGGAUGAUCGAGAGGAUAUUUUCGGGGGCUGUGACGAGGGGCAGAAAAGUCCAGAAAGAAGGAAAAAUAAGCUACGCGGACUUUGUUUGGUUUUUGAUCUCUGAAGAAGACAAAAAAACUCCAACCAGCAUCGAGUACUGGUUCCGCUGCAUGGACCUGGAUGGGGACGGCGCGCUGUCCAUGUUUGAGCUGGAGUACUUCUAUGAGGAGCAGUGCCGCAGGCUGGACAGCAUGGCCAUCGAGGCCCUGCCCUUCGAGGACUGCCUCUGCCAGAUGCUGGACCUGGUGAAGCCGCAGAGCGAAGGGAAGAUCACCCUCCGGGACCUGAAGAAGUGUAAACUCGCCAACGUGUUCUUUGACACCUUCUUCAACAUCGAGAAGUACCUCGACCACGAGCAGAAGGAACAGGUCUCCUUGCUCAGGGAGAGUGACAGCGAAGGCCCUGAGCUGUCCGACUGGGAGAAGUAUGCGGCCGAGGAGUACGACAUCUUGGUGGCCGAGGAGGCUGCAGGGGAGCCGUGGGAGGACGGGUACGAAGCCGAGCCCAGCCCCGUGGACCAGAAGCUGGGCUCCCUGAGGUCUCCGCUGGCCCAGAGGCCCUUCUUCGAGGCGCCGUCCACCUUGGGCACCGUCGACCUGUACGAGUACGUGUGUGAGGACGACGACCUACCGCCCGCGUGACCUGGGCCCAGAACU